AAAACGGCCCGAUGUCCGCCCCCCUCAUUUUGGGCGGCUCGUCCCCUUGCUGACCAUGGUUCGCUGCUGCAGCAGUGUGGUAUUCGUCCUGUGGUUCGCGUGUAUGCAUUGGAUGAAUGGUUCCAAGGGAGGGUACGGGGACGAGGUGAGGGGCUGACCGCAGAUAUUAUAGUGUAUUGAGUAGUAGCAGGCAGACAGCCCAAGAUUUUCGUUUUGUGUAACCCUCCCGGGCACCGGACACGGCACACCGUUUAUGGCAUGCGGCAGCAUGUAUUGCUACACAAAAUCAGCGUGGUGGUGGUGAGCGUGCGUCGGCCGAAGGUUGGAAGUAGCGAGGACUGUAACAUGCCCGGACCAGAGGCCAUGCUGGGAAGUAGAAAGGUCGAGGGUACUGUUGUGCAACGGCACGGACAAAGACGGGAAUGGCUGGCAUCAGCUGUCGGCACAUUUUGCCCUGGUCGCUUACUCUUGGCCAGGGAAGGCUGGAGAGCAUCAGGUCUGUACCUUUUGGCUCGCGGAAUGGUGAAAUGGACGGUAUGAUAGCCAUAGUAAUAAGGUAGCGAUUCCCGUUGAGGCUAACACCUCGGUGUCCUGUCCAUGAAUUGGGCUCAAGUCAUUGCCAACAACAGAUCAAACAGCCCUGAGCCAUCAUGUCCCAACCCCAACUCUCACCUCCCGAGUAUGACAGCCCGGGCGGCUUGAUCGCCGGGUCCGUCAUCAUGUGGAUUAUCUCAACGCUCUGUGUUGGCUUGAGAUUCUACUCCAAGAGGUGGAAGCGACAAGGCUACAUUACGGCGGACUGGCUGAUUUUGGUAGCUGCCGUCUUUGCAACCGGAAUGACCGUGAUGGAGAUCUAUGGCGUGAAGGAACAAGCUUUGGGAUAUCCACUAGGGGCAUCGAUCGAAGACCCCAAAGCAGUCAACGGACGUCUGAACAAGGCCAAACAUAUCGAACUCUCGUUCCUGCUCCUCGGUAUCGCCACUCUCGGCUUGAUCAAGCUGUCUGUGUGCUUCCUGUUCUGGCACCUCUUUGCCCGGGUGGUGUUUCGUCGUUUCCUCAUGGUCUGGAUAGCCGUCAUUAUUGUGUGGACUCUGUCCUUUGUCCUGGCUGGCCUGCUAGAAUGCGGUUCCCAUCUCAAGGCAUUGUUCGGACAACCACAGGCGUAUUUGGAUCACUGUGGAAGCGCCAUCCCGACAGGAUAUGCCAUGGUGGGCAGUGAUGUUGCCACCGAUUUCAUCACACUGCUCAUCCCCAUCCCCGUGAUCUUCAGCAUGAAGAUGGACAGGCGUACCCGAUUCUUGACGCUGCUGACCUUUAUGAUCGGUGCCCUGUCCGUGGGUGCGUCCAUCGCCAAAGCCUACAUCUACAUCAAGGCCAGCUUGGGUUUGUGGACGUCCGAUGCCAUCUCCAUGCUCACUGGCCUUUCUAUCUGGAAUCUGGCUGAGGUCCACAUCGGUAUUGUUGCUGCAUGCGGCCCUACGCUGCGACCUAUCCUGGCACGCAUCUUACCAACCGAGAGCCUCCUGUCCCUCAUGUCCCUCCUGGGGGUAAGCUCGAACACGUCCAAGCAGAACGAGCUCCCCAGCUUUGUCAAGAUGCCGGAUGCCGACAGUGCUGAGCAGUUGCAGGCCGGGGUGGAGAAGGUUGGGUCUAAGGGUGCCGAUGGGCCUCGUGGAGUUCGGCAGUACGAGAUGGAAUCAUGGAACGACGCCGAGUCUGAGAGACGUGGUCCGCAUCAUGUCUGAGGAAUAGGUGUUGUCGAGGAUCGAGCGUAGCAACCUGACUGUAUCUAUCACCCUGUCAGAUUGGUCCGACGGCAGAAUGUCGAGGUAGCGUUGAAAUUCAUCAUCGUCUUUGCUUCGCGCAGUCAAAUAACUGAGUGAU